ACUAGUUAAACAGUGCACAAAAUCGGACUAAAUGUUUCGAGCUGACCCCUCGUGUGCAGCUUUCUUCUAGGGUUUUAGAUUUUUCAGCUGAUCGCUCAUCUUAUGUUUUAAUCAACGUCUAGGGUUUAAGCAACUAGGUUCUAUGUUUCGAGCUAUAUGCUUUUUCUUCUUCUUCGAUGAAACACAAAGGAAUUUCUAGUGAAUUGCGCAAGUCUUGAAUCUCCAGUUACAGGUACAACCGUAUAAUAAUUCUUACUUAUUCCACAAAUCUCAAACAAUUUGAUUACUUUGCUAUUAGCAACCAUCAAUUUCUCAAAGAAUCCAUCAGUAUGUGGCGGAACAUUGCAAAACGAGCAGUUUCUUCGAGAAAACUUAUGAAAUGCUGGGAAGAUUCAAUCUGUAAGGUAAAUUUAAAGCCUUUAGAAUUAAAUCCAUUUCAUCAGAAUGGGGAGGUUAAUGUUGUUAGAAAUUUUUAUUAUCGAUGUCUUGGUGAUACUUCAGUUAGUUUUUCUGGGAAUUUGAGCCAUCCUAAGGGUUAUGCUAGUGUUGCUGAGGCUAUAUGUACGACUGAUACUGAAGAAGAUAUUUCUGUAAUGGAUGCAAAUCAGGGAGAAUUUCAACAUGAGCAAGAAAAGGAACCGAAAAUUGUUCCUGGAGUUGGAAAUGCAGAAUAUGAGUUGCUUAAGAGGAGACAAAUAAAGAUUGAAACGGAGGCAUGGGAACAAGCGGCCAAGGAGUACAAAGAGCUACUUGAAGAUAUGUGUGAACAGAAAUUGGCUCCCAAUUUGCCUUACAUGAAGUCAUUGUUUCUUGGUUGGUUUGAGCCGUUGCGCAAUUGUAUUGCUGCUGAUCAAGGGCUUUGUAGGCAAGGGACUAAGGCUAAUUAUGCCCCAUAUUUUGAUCAGUUGCCGGCUGAAAUGAUGGCUGUUGUUACGAUGCAUAAGAUGAUGGGAUUUUUUAUGUCAAGUGAUGAUCAUGGUACUGCUAAGGUGGUUCAAGCUGCUUGUCAGAUUGGUGAAGCCAUUGAACAGGAGGUUAGGAUACACAAUUACUUGGAAAAAACUAGAAAGAAACCCGGUGAAGCUAAGGGUAAAUCAAAAGAAGGUGAUGAACCUGAUCCCGAGGCCAUCAAACAAGCACGCUUGAGGAAAACAGUAAAGACUUUGAUGAAAAAGAAAAAGUUACAACAAGUGAGGCACAUAAUCAAGGGACAGGAAGAAGAUGAGAUAAAGCCAUGGGGACAGGAGGCUCAUGCUAAGGUUGGAAGCCGUUUGAUUGAAUUGUUGAUCCAAUCAGCUUAUAUACAACCACCUGUUGAUCAGUUAUCAGAUGGUCCGCCUGAUAUUCGACCAGCAUUUAAACAUUCUAUGAAAACUAUAAAGAUAGAUUCACUGAAUCUCAGCAGAAAAUUUGGAGUAAUUGAGUGUGACCCACUGAUUUUCCAAGGGCUGGAAAAAACAGCAAAGCACAUGGUGAUUCCUUAUAUGCCGAUGUUGGUGCCACCAGAGAGUUGGAUCAGGUAUGACAAAGGGGCACAUUUGUUUUUGCCAUCUUAUGUGAUGCGUACACAUGGAUCAAAGCAGCAGCGUUUGGAAGUUAAGAAUACACCAGUGAAGCAGAUUCAACGAGUAUUUGACGCUCUGAAUACCCUUGGGAAUACAAAAUGGCGGGUUAACAAGAAGUUACUUGAAAUAGUAGACAGAGUAUGGGCCAGUGGAGGCAAAUAUGCUGGUUUAGUUGAUCGUGCUGAUGUUGUUUUACCAGAAAAACCAGAGACAGAGGAUGAAGCGGAACUCAGGAACUGGAAAUGGAAAAUUAAAAAUGCUAAGAAAGAGAAUAAUGAGAGACAUGCUCACCGGUGCGAUUUGGAACUCAAACUUGCUGUAGCGCACAAAAUGAGUGCUGAGGAUGGUUUCUACUAUCCGCACAACCUUGACUUCCGAGGUCGUGCCUAUCCCAUGCACCCAUAUCUAAACCAUCUUGGCUCAGACUUAUGCCGGGGUAUCCUUGAAUUUGCGGAGGGACGCCCUCUUGGAAAUUCAGGCUUGCGGUGGUUGAAAAUACAUCUGGCAAAUUUGUUUGCCACUGGUGGUGUCGAUAAAAAAUCUUAUGAUGGUCGAAUAGCUUUUACAGAGAGCAACUUGGAUAAUAUAUUUGAUUCCGCAGAUAAACCGCUUGAGGGUAACCAGUGGUGGUUGGGGGCAGAGGAUCCAUUCCAAUGUUUGGCAGUUUGCAUGAAUCUCUCAGAAGCAUUGAGAAGCUCUUCACCAGAAACUACUAUCUCACAUAUUCCUAUACACCAGGAUGGUUCUUGCAAUGGCUUACAACACUAUGCUGCUCUCGGGAGAGAUAAACUGGGAGCAGCUGCAGUAAAUUUGGUUGCUGGAGAAAAACCAGCAGAUGUUUACUCAGGCAUUGCUGAUAGAGUUCGUGAGAUUAUGCAGGAAGAUUCCCAGAAAGAUCCAGCUGCUGAUCCAAAUGUGUUCUGUGCGAAAAUGUUAAUCGAAAAGGAUUGGGUGAACAGGAAAUUGGUGAAGCAGACUGUGAUGACAUCAGUGUAUGGUGUUACUUACAUAGGUGCCCGUGAUCAGAUCAAGAAGAGGUUAAAGGAGCGUGAUCCAGAUGGUGAUGAUAAUGAGCAGUUUCAGCUAGCUUGUUAUGCAACAAAGGUCACCUUAACUGCUUUAGGGGAAAUGUUUGAGGCUGCACGUAGUAUCAUGAGCUGGCUUAGUGAUUGUGCGAGUGUCAUUGCCUCUGAAAAUCAUGCGGUGCGAUGGACCACUCCUCUCGGACUUCCUGUUGUUCAGCCUUACCGCAAAUUAGGAAGGCAUAAUAUUAAAACCUCCCUUCAAAAGUUGACAUUGAGAAGAGAAACUGACAAGGUCAUGCUCAAGAGGCAGAGAACAGCUUUUCCACCGAAUUUCGUCCACUCCCUUGACGGGUCUCAUAUGAUGAUGACUGCACUUGCUUGCAAGAAAGCUGGAUUAAACUUUGCAGGAGUUCACGAUUCAUUUUGGACGCAUGCAUGUGAUGUCGAUGAAAUGAACAGGAUACUCCGUGAAAAAUUUGUUGAACUCUAUGAGCAACCUAUAUUAGAAAAUUUACUGGAGAACUUCCAGGGGUCAUUUCCCAAAUUGGAAUUUCCUCCUUUACCAGUGCGCGGAGACUUCAAUUUAAAAGCAGUUCUACAGUCACCAUAUUUCUUCAACUAAGCUACAACAGAUUUUUAGCAAUCUACUCGAAUGUGUUGGCGAGCUUUCUUUCCGCUUCUCGUUCAAUCUUCACGUUUGAGUUCCCCUCUAAUAGGAGUUGGAGAUAGAGGAGCUCUAAUCUAAAGAUCUGGAGAUAGGUACCACCAUGCUUCUUUUAGCUGAUUUCUGCACCAGCUAUAUUUAUACAUCACCCUUUUCUAUUGAAUUUAUGUUCGCAGUUUAUAUUCAUUCACUGAAGAAAGACCGCAAAGCCGAAAAUAAGUCGUAUACCUCUUUAAAAAUGUUUUGGAUCUAGAUACAAUGUAUCCAAGGAAUAUGAAGGAAAUCCAUAAAGUGGGUGAAUAUCUGCCGGGCUUUAUCCAAGAGUUUGUACUAACUUUUGCAAGGCAGUGACUUGCAAGUCCUCAAAGGGCAGGAGCUGUUGGGGGUGUACAGUCACAAACAAGACUGGAGAUACUAGUGUUUUUUCAGGAUGAUCAGCGUACUGCACAAGACGGAUCCCAGAUUAGAAAACGUGUGGAGCUCGAGUCUACCAGGGAGUUUGGAAAACACUGAACUAGCUGAAUACUGUGGGUUUUGUUAAAAGGCUCUAUUGACGAACAGAGAUGGUUGCUUGAUCCUAUCGGCCAAAAUGAACAAGUUAUUUUGGUUCUGAAAAUUGAAGAUAUUGUGCUUGGUAUUAGUGGCCAACAUGUUUCGAAGACGCCUAAGAUGAUUAAUCUGUUCCAGAUACUUGUAUACUAAUCCUGUGGUCAAUUCCUUCUCCAGUAGCUCCCCAAGCGAGUAAUUUGACAAAUCCAAAUAAGAAGAUCAAAAUGAAUUAUGAAGACCACAAGCUUGAAGGCAUGCUCAUAGUAGUUUUUGCUUGCUUCGUAGUUCUUUUCGACCCACCUUAUUUUUACUGGUUAGUUAAUAAGGUUUAUUCUUCAACUUUGACAGUCGUUCCUGUACUGAUUGCAUGACCAUGUUUCCUAUCCUAGUUGCAUUACCGUGUUUCCUGUACUUGCAUAGUUUUUAUACACGGAAUUUGUUCUUUACUGUAAUCAUUUUUGGUAGCUUAUUUGUCUGUCUGUAAAUUUCACAAGAUUACUGCUUGCUUUCAAAUGUGGAGCAAUGCCUAAGAUUCAUAAAAAAUAUGCUUGAUUGUUGUA